AUGAAUUCCUCCACUAUUUCUGAAUCGCUGCCCCAUUCUUACAGACAAAUUGUUCGGUGCUGCCGGAGGGAUCGGCACCGGCUGGCCGUGGCCGCCAGCGAUCCUGAAAAGCAGCUGUUUGGAGAGGAUUUUGGCGCCCGGGAUCCAACAGCAGGCGAGUUGGAAAGCGGCUUCGCGUCCAAGGUCCUGGGAAACGCGAACACUGAGCAUCAGAUCAAGCCACCAGAAGCCAUGUCCAAUAUAAUGGGAUUGAAGACAAGAAAGUGCGUCCCAUGUGAGCAAGGUGGGGAACCUCUGCCUUCCAAAGAGGUGGACCUCCUGUGCAACCAAGUCCCUGGGUGGAAGGUGAUCAAGGACAGUGAAGGGAGGGACAGAAUAAGGACAGAAUGGAAGGUGAAGAGUUUUGUCCACGGAUUGGAGUGUUUCAAGCGAAUAGCUGAGGUCGCCGAAGAGCAAAACCACCAUCCGGACCUCCAUCUGGAGAAUUGGAACACUGUGCGGUUGGAGCUGUGGACGCACUCUGUUGGAGGCCUGACGGAGAACGAUUUUAUCAUGGCUGCCAAGAUCAAUGACAUAGAUAUAUCCGACCUGAAGAGGAAGACCAAACCGAAGAUGUGGGCAUGA